UCCACACACACACACACACACUCUUCCAUCCCAUCCGCCCGUUGUUGUCGCCACUCAGCGGGGAUGGAGAAGGCACCGAGGCACCGCUACCGGCGCCGCCGCUAAACACAAGCUAGCCCGGUCCCGAGACAGAACGAGCGGGGGGGACUACGGGGGCCGAGAAGAAGAAAAGCCAAAGUAUCGGAUAACGGAUAACGGGUCCGCGCGGAGAAGGGCACCGGGACCGGGAGCGGGAGCGGGAGCCAGGAUGGAGACGGUGGAGCAGCUCGUCUCCUUCCACCACAUCCAGGUCCAGUUGAGCGGCGGCGCGCCGUGGGGCUUCACGCUGAAGGGGGGACUGGAGCACGGGGAGCCGCUCAUCAUCACCAGGAUCGAGGAUGGCGGGAAGGCGGCCGGCUGCGGGAAGCUGAAGGUCGGCGACGAGCUCAUCAACAUAAACGGCUCGGUGCUGUACGGCAGCAGACAGGAAGCGCUCAUCCUCAUCAAGGGCUCGUACAGGAUCCUGAAGCUCACGGUCCGGAGGCGGAACGUUCCUGUCAUCCGGCCUCACUCCUGGCACCUGGCGAAGCUCUCGGAGCUGCCCCUCCCUCCCCCGCCUCCCCCGUCUCCUCCACCGCCGACCUGCCCGCCCUCCGCUGACUCCCCUCCCCUCCCCCCUCCGCCGCCUCCGCCUGCCAUGCAGCUCCACCCCGGCCCCUACACUCUACCCUGGCACACAACCGACAACAGUGACUUGUCCAUGCAGUGGGGUCAGCUGUCCAGACCUUACUCCUCCACCGACCGAAGCAGUUCCCUGGGCUCCAUGGAGAGCUUGGACACGCCGACGCCCACCGCGCAGCCGUUCUCCGACUCCCACAUUUCGCCCGUGGACCCCGCCCUCUUCAACAACAAGAGAGACUCCGCCUACAGCUCCUUCUCCGCCAGCUCAAACACUUCCGAUUACGCGGCCGUGCCACUGCGGCCGGGUGAAACCUGCUCCAUGGAUAACCUCCUCCAGAGCCUGGGCCCGGCCAGUCGACACUACCCUGGCUGCGAUGCCUCGACACUGGGGAGCUCAUCUGCCGAGGCACCGGACGAGGCGCAGCUGAUCGCGCACAAAUCCCGGUCGCUGACCAGGCCGAGGCCGAGGCCGGUGGAGGUGAGGGAGAGGCCUUCGUCCUGCUGUUAUGAGGUUGAGCAGAGGAGGGGAGGAAACUUUGAGAUCAUAAGAAAUGGAGAAGGAGGAGCGGAGGAAAGAAAGACGAAUCCGCCGCAGCCCCCGACCAGGAAGGACAGUUUCAGGGCAACUCGGAGUCGCCACAACGGCGCCAACAAUCGUUGUGCUUCUGCUCCUAUUGAAGUAUCCAGUGUUUCAUCUUACUAUGACGAAAACAAAUCCUCUCUGAAUGUUCAAUCUGGAGUUCACAACGGCUUCUCGGCACCAGAAGAAAGUGACCAAACCGCGGAUUUCAAAGAGGAUUCCAUAGACUCGCACUAUAUGCAAAGACAGACCAAAGACAUUAGACAUAUCAGAUGUGACACUAGUGGUAAUAAAGACUACGAUUCAGAAACCACCUCAGAUCAAGUGGCGGCCUCCCCGGUCCCCGUCGACUCCGCUCAACCGGGCUCCUCACCUGCAGAAUCCUCCACGGAGGUUCAGGGGCAGUCCGACUCAAAGCACUCCUCUCCGGGGCUGCACCAGCACGCUGCUCCCGAGAAGCUCCUCGCUACACAACUGCACUUAUUGCAGUUUAACAACAACAACUCUUCUCUGGAAAAGGAUCCGUCAAACCCUUCCGAUCCCGUCUUGACCCCUCGUAGCAGCCAGUGGUCCCAUUCCUCACUCCAACCUGCAGGGGAAGACCAGGAAGCUUCUCACGACCACCUCCACGCCCCGUCAAACAAAUGGGACGGGAGCCGCUGUUCGACCCCAGGAGACGUGUUCCUGGAAGGGGAUGGGGAUGAUGGCGAUUCAAGAGUCGGGCUGGAAGGGACGGGUGUCAAUGGCGAGUCCGUCUCCCCAAUUCAGCAUCACCACCCUUGGGGCCGCUCGGUGAGUGUACCCGGGGACCACAGAGGAUCGUCAACCCAGGCAAAGUCGAGCUCUGGCCAUAUACUGGAGAGGGAUUUCGAGCCGCUCAGCGCUGCUGCCAGUAUGGAUACUCUGCUGGAGGAGCAAAGAGAAGUGGAGAGAGGAGGAAGUAGAGGAAACAAAGAGGAGGAUGUCGAAAGAGAGGCAGCUAUGAAGAAGUUGAACCCGUCGAGGAACCAUCGACGAAACCGGCGUCGCAGCGAGCGAUUUGCCACCAACCUGCGCAACGAGAUCCAGAGGAAAAAGGCCCAGCUUCAGAGGAGCUGCGGCCCCGGGGGUUUGCUCUGCAGCGGGGAGACUGUGCAGGAGGAGGAGGGUCCAGACCUCCACGAAGAGCCAGAUGUGCCUGCACAGGAAAGGAGCACCAGAGUUACAUUUGUCUCACCUGUAAGCCCCCAAGAUGACAGGACAGACGCACCAGUUGAGAAAUCAAACGAUUCAAGUGACUCAGUCCAUGAUGAUUCGCAAACUCAGUCAACAACCUACAAUCAGAACAACAACAUGUCCACAUCCGUCCAGAUCCUGGACCCGGGCGUGCCCAGUUUUGGCGUCGGCAUCCGAGUUGUGGAAGAACCAGCUCCCGCCGGCAAAGCCCGCCGCUGGCGUUGGACCCCCGAGCAUAAACUCCAACCAGAACCUGAACCCAACAGAAGGUGUAGAGUCCUGGGGGAGAAGGUGUUGGGGGUCACAGGGUCCAGACAUGGGGUUUGUAACUUCUCCUCCUCCUCCUCCUCCGGCUCCUCCUACAGUCGCUCCUCUUCCUGUUCUCGUAUAGAGGAGUCCGACAUCCUUCCAUUUGCGGAUAGAAUGAAGUUUUUCGAGGAGACGAGCAAAGGCGUGUCUGGGUCCAGUGUUUCGAUCCUGUCGAGUCGGAGGCAGAAGAAAACCUCCAACUACCCUGAGCACCAGGGAGGGGAGCUUGGUCUGCACUCACCCCAAAGGAGGUACUCCUACCAGGGGGGACUUCAGCAGGAAAUGUGCCUGCUUUCAAACACCGUGGAGGCCAGAAGGCAGUCAGUGUGCACCAGCAGGGAGAGGCAGAAAGAGAGGGAACAGGCGAGGGAACGAGAACUGGAGGAGAGGUUGAGAGAAAGGGAGAGGCAGCAGGAGAAGGAAAAGCGAGAGAGGGAAUCAGAAGUGGAGAGGGCGAGGCUGAGGGAACGAGAGGAGAGGGUGAGGCGGUGGGAGAGGGAACGAGAGGGGGAGCUCGAGCUGGAGAGAGAGAGGGAAACGGAGAGAGCCAGAGAGCAGGAACGGGUGAAAAGAGAGAGAGAAGAAGAUGCUCGGCUCAUCUCACGUCAGGAGUUUCACGGCUUCCAACACAAGGACGACGUCCUCUGCUUCCAGCCUCGGGAGUUCUGCCACAGUCGAUCCCAGGACCGAGUCCCGCGGUCAGCUUUCCAUCCGGUUCGCACCACCACCGCCCCCCCGCGCCCGGAGGAGCAGCAGCCGGGACUCACGGCGAGGAGCUGCACACCUACAGAGACGCAUCCCGCCCGGAAACAGGAAGCGACCAAGCUGAACAGGAAGUACAGCCUGACUGAGAGGGACCCAGGCUGGAGGCGGGAGUCCAGACCAGCAGAGAGCAUCAGUCCAGCCCCUCACCAGAGUCCAUGGGGCCCCAGAGACGCCGACGGCAGCGGCGACGGACAUACGUUGGCUCCACCGCCGGCUCCUCUCGCGCUACGCGGACGAGCCAUGUCCGAGAACGACCUGCGCUUCGACGGCAGCAGCCGCUGGUCGCCAUCGAUCUCUGUCGCGGCCGGUCAGAUGCUGAGUGAGGUGGAGGAAGGAGAAGGCGUCAGGGAGGGAGAGGCGGCAGCGAGCGCCGCCGGGCAAAACAGGAAGAAGACGCCGCCUCCGCCGAGGCCGCCGCCCCCAAAGUGGGAGCAGUUCCACCGCAGGCGUGCAUCUCACCACAACCUGUUCUCCUCCUCUUCCUCCUCCUCCUCUUCUUCUUCGUCUACCGCUCCUCACUCCCUCCCUCCGUCCGUCAAGGCAGCAGACGGUCAGUGUUCCGCUCGCUCUGCCUCGCUCCUCCCUCCCCCCGCUUCAAGGCAGCGUUCCUUCAGUCUCCCCCCCGAGAGGAAGGAGGUGACGGAGGGCUGCCGGCGCUGCAGCUGCAACCCGACUCAAAACCAGGAACCGCCCUUCGCCCUCGCCCCGUCCAAUCAGAGCCAGGCUCAGAUUCAGGAGCUGUCCUUCACCGUGGCUCCGCCGAGUCCCACGUUCUCCAGACGGGCCUUCAGACCGGUGGCCCCGCCCCUGAGGGAGAGGGAGGGGAGGAGCGUGCAGCAGGAGGCGGAGUACAUAUCCUCGCCACCUCCGUCAGACACCGGCGUUAGCAGUUUAUCAGAGGUCUACGUCAACUCGGACCAGGAUGGAAUAACAGAUCACAACCAGCAUCACAAUGUGAGACCGGGAGCAGAGUGGGAAAGAUCCUCGUCUCCCAGAGUUCAUCAGGAAACUCCUCCUCCUUCUGACGGAGGCGCUGUUGACGCUCCACCUCCUAAAUCCUACUUCGACCUCGAGCAGCAGCAGCAGCUCCGUCUGAACAGAGGCUUCCCGAGUGACGAGCAACAGAACAUCCCAGAGACGGGAACCGAGUCUGAGGCGACCCUCAGCCCGAGUCCCGCCCACAGCCUGGAGGCCGACCUGGACGUCCCCAUGGAGACGGACAUCGACGACUUCCAGGAGGAGGAGCUCCCGGCGGAGGCCGAAUCCAUCACCAGCGAGCUGCCGUGCUUCGCGCUGCCGGUCACGGUGCUGGAGACGGACAUCGACACCUUCCCAGAUCCAGGAUCGGCCUCGCCGACGGGCCGGGCCCGGGCAGAGAGCGGCUCCCUGGAGGAGGAGCUUGAGGAGAACGGCCGAGGGAGGCUGAGUCUGGAGGAGCUGUUCCCCCAGAGCAGUGAGGGGGAGUCGGGCACGGAGAGCUGGAGGGGAGCCUACUCCACCAUGGAGCACAACACCGACAGCUUGGACAGGCGGUCCGGCGCGAGCUCCAGCUGUUCGUCGUACUACAGCACGUCGGCGGCGAAGGCUCAGCUCCUGUCGCAGAUGAAGGACUUCACCGACAACAGGGAGCGCGACGAGGACGACGAGCUGACGUACAAGAAGCAGCUGAUGGAGAGUCUCCGCAAGAAGCUGGGGGUCCUGAGAGAAGCUCAGCGAGGUCUGCAGGACGACAUCAGGGCCAACGCUCAGCUGGGGGUCGAGGUGGAGAGCAUGGUGGUGUCAGUGUGUAAACCCAACGAGGUGGACAAGUUCCGCAUGUUCAUCGGCGACCUGGACAAGGUGGUGAGCCUGCUGCUGUCUCUGUCGGGGCGUCUGCUGCGGGUGGAGACAACGCUGGAAUCGCUGGACCCCGAGACGGAGCAGCACGACCGGCUCCCCCUGCUGGAGAAGAAGCGGCAGCUCCUGCGGCAGCUGUCCGAGGCCCAGGACCUGAAGGAGCACGUGGACCGCAGAGAGCAGGCCGUCAGCCGGGUGCUGGCCCGCUGCCUGUCGCCAGAACUGCACCGGGACUACAGUCACUUUGUGAAGAUGAAGGCGGCGCUGCUGGUGGAGCAGCGGCAGCUGGAGGACAAGAUCCGGCUGGGAGAGGAGCAGCUGAGGGGGCUGAGGGAGAGUCUGGGGCUGGGGCUCGGACUGGGGCUCGGACUGGGAAUGGGAAUGUCGCUUGGAUACGGACAUUACUGAAAAGAGAGAGGAGAAAAACUCAAAUUCUAAGUAUAUUUUCUGAAGUAUUCUGAGUCGGAAAAGGAAAAGAUUCCGUUUAAACGCGUUCAUUUGGGUCGGGAGAGAAGAUUGAUCCCAAUCUCAAAUCUGUCGGAGCCUGUUUUCGGAUAUUGGCUCCGAAAAAUUGGGUCUGGACAUUUUCCGGAGUUGGUCGUUCCGACGUGGAGAAAGCAGCGGGAGAUUUUUCCCAGAGUCAGACGUGAGAGACCGCUCGCUCGCCUGCCGUGUUCUCACGUCGCCUCACUGGGACAUUUUCUAGGAUUUUUUUACUUUCAGGAAAAAAAUGUCUCGACGCAGCUUUACCGAGGUUUUCCCGACCACCUUUUCACCCUUUGUGCCUGAAACAUGUACUGCAAGACUGUACACACACACACACACACACACACACACACACACACUAAACGUCAUCACGCCACGUUGCCAAAGACAUUUCCGCUUGGUGAAUGUGUCCACGCUGCUUAUUGUUAUUUUUAUUAAUAUUAUUAUUUUCUUUUUUUCUGUAUUUAAGUUUUCCCCGGUUCAGAGAAUCGAAGGAGAACUUCUUCCCCCCGUCAACGUCGCCAAGUCGGAAACAUUGCGCAGCUUUUUCUUAACCGUCACUGGGAAUAAUUCAGCUAAAUGUAUAAAUAAUAUCUCACAUAAACUUGUAUCAAUCUCGCGUCCGCGUCCCCGUCGUCUUCCCCCUUCGUCGCCGCGGCCCGGAGUUUGAGACUCCGCCCCCUCGCGUCAACCGAAUGAUUGUUCUGUACAGAAGGCGCUUGUUUAUAAUGUUUACGGUUUGUGUAUAUAGAUGAUUCUGUCGGUGGUUUUGUUGGAAGUGGUUGUAAGAGAUAAAACGAAGAGACCGCCGGACGUUUACUGUAUAUUUAGUUCAGGAGGAGAAACUGGUUCGUCUGCAAAAGUUCCAUCGUCUGAAGUUUUUUUACACAAUUCCCCCCCCCCCCCCCGCCGAUCGCAGCUGACAUUUAAAUUGUACAGUUAAUGUUGAAAAAGUUGUUUUUAUUCGUUUUCUGCUGAUAUGAUUUCUUGCCGAGAGUUGCACUAGCGACGUCCAAUUAGCUUAGCUUUACAUAAUGACUGGAAUAAUAAUCACUGCUGCUCUUCAAACCGUCACCUCUGAAGAUCUCAGAUUAAACUCACGAUUAUCUUCUGGAUUAAAUCGACUUAUUGUUCGUUCCAUAACAUAAUAUCAGAUGCUGAUUGAUGCAAUCGCAGUACAAUUAUGCAAUUUUUAAAAUUUUCCCAGGAGCCAAAACCCCCAAAAAUAUGAAAUUUAAUUUCAUGUAAGACAAAGAAAAACCAAAAUUGACAAACUAUAAAAACUAAAAACCCUUCCAACGAUUCAUCAGAUAUGAGAAACAGCUGGAAGUAAAAUUUGGCCUUGAGCCACGCUAGCUGUUUCCCCAGGUUUCCAGUCUUUAUGCUAAGCUAAGCUAACUGGCUGCUGUUUCGUUACUGUUCCUUUUGAGACUUGACAUUUUUUUAAAGUUUAAAUUGAGAAGAAGAAGAAAAAAACACACCAGAAGAUCGUGGUGAACAUGUGACGUUGCCAAAGUCUCCCGAGCUUCAACAGAGACGGGAGAGGAAACGUGAAUAUCUCAGCUCUCAACACACACACACACACACACACACACCUUCUUCUUCACCAAUUUCCACUUUAAACUUGAUUAAAAUUUCAAGGUUUUUUUUGUUCGCUCCCUGAAGUUCUGAGACCAAACGGAACACGGGACACUCGUCUUGUUUCUUUGUCUUGUACAGAUCACGUGUGUUCGGAAUCUUUGUUGACUUGACGUGAGAGAAAAGAAGAAAGUUGCUCUACAACAACAACAAAAAAAGUACCAUAAAUAAUAAUAACAGUAUUUUAAAAACUA